AUGGGGAUGGUGUUCAUGUGUAGUUCAAAAACAAAAACAGAUUGUUUUCGCUACAAGAUUCUUGGACUUCCUGCAAAUAAACAAGAUCAAGUAGCAAAGAUUUAUAAAGGAAUGAGAUUUUUUCUGUUUGAUGUUGAUCUCAGAUUAAUGUAUGGAAUCUUCAAAGCUGCUGGACCCGGUGGUUAUAACAUUGAACCAAAAGCUUUCAAAAAUGAAUUCCCAUCUCAAGUUCGAUUUAGCGUGCUUGAUGAUUGUUUGCCAGUAGCAGAAGAGAAAUUUAAGGAUGUCCUUAAAGAAAACUACUACACACGGAGUAAAUUUGAAGGCCUCUUGAAAGCCGAUCAGGUGAAGAAGCUGUGUAAGCUAUUUGCAGUUACAUCAAAAGGGCAUAAUCGUCCUAAAUCCGGUUUAAAAUCCUGUGGAAGAACACGAGCGGUUGAAAAUCAUCGAGUUAGAUCAUCCGAUGAAAGACGUAUAAGAAACAAAUGA